CAGAGUAAGGAUGCUGUCAGGUUGCCGUGGUUUCAGCCUCUCGUUUCUUGUGGCGACCAUCGUCAGGGAUGUGUGUGUGUGAGGGUGAAGGGUGUGUGAGUGUGACUGUGUGUGUGUGUGUGCAUUUGAGUGGUGGUUAUUGCAACUGUAAGGAUAUAUGAAUGAAGAAAGGCGAAGAGGAAGGAAAGGAAGGACGGGGGAGGAAGGUGGCAUUGAAGGGUGGAUCUGGAUUAACGUCGCUGCAGACAAAAAAAUCUGUCAUUUCCUCUGAGCUGCAGAGAUCUGAGAGGACAACAGAAGCCUCAUCACUCCAUCUUUGUUCCUGCAGAGGGAGGACUGAAGGAGGGAAGGAAGGAGUCGAGGACCAAAAGGGGGAAAGAAAGGAGGACUGAAACAAGGAAAAAAUAAUAGGAAGCAGGGAAGGAAAUAGGAUCGAAUCAGGGAAGGAGGGAGAGUGGGAGGAAGAGGGAGUCUGAGUCCUUGCUGGUCAUCAGGCUAACAUCACCUGAACUGUCUUGCUUCUGCUCUGAGGCUUCCUGGUUGAACUGAACAAGAUGUGAGCAGAUGUUACACGAGCCAGCGUUGCUGCUUUCCAGCUUCUAACCAGUCUUAAGGUCAUUAGGGAGUCAUGACAUCACAGGAGGAGGGAUCCUCAUUCAGGAGGUUUUUCCAAUACGUGGAGGACAGUGGACUUCGAAUAUACGAUGGUCUGGUGAUCCAAAACGCCUCCGACAUUGCUAGAGAGAGCGACCGCAUUCGCAACCAGACCAAUUGGACCUACCUGCAUGAAAAACACCAGAAAAAAAGACGGCAGGAAGAAAGCAUCAAGAGGAUUGGUGAGGAUGUUGCCACGGCCUCGGAUGGGGCGUACUCUGGGAAACACUUCAGGAUGGGUUUCAUGACGAUGCCAGCUCCACAGGACCGAUUGCCCCCAGCCAACCAGGGCUUCACCGUCAGAUCGCAGUCCCUCCACUCAGUGGGCGGAGGAGAAGAUGACUCCAGCAGCAGCCGCAAACAACCCCCACCCAAACCUAAGAGAGAUCCCAACACCAAAUUGAGCAGCAGCUCCGAAACUGUGGAUGGGGGUGGAGUUACAAGAAGAGACCACCAAGACACCAAAGAGAAGCUAGAACAGGCUGAAGCUCAAUGUUUCCUGCACUCUGAAGAUGCCUCCAAGAAGAUGCCUCCACCUAAACCUAAAAGGAAUCCCAACACUCAGCUCAGCACCUCGUUUGAUGAGUGCUACAUCCGUAACCAUGGCAACAAGAAGUCUUCCUUGCAGUGGGACAAAUCUUCAUCCCAAAGUCAGAGUCCAGCAUCCAGGGACACGGACGAAGAGGAGCCAGUUUACAUUGAGAUGGUGGGAAACAUCCUGCGAGGGCUGAAAGGUCAGGAAGCAGAGGAGGACGACCAGAAUGAAUCGGUGUACGAGGAGAUGAAGUACCCAAUGCUGGAAGACUUUCUGCAGGACACAAAUGCUGCCAUCAUUGACCCUGAAGCUUGGUCAUCCCGCGGCUCACUCUGUGACAUUCCUCCACCUUUCCCAAAUCUCCUGACUCACCGCCCACCACUGCUCAUCUUCCCACCUGCCCCCGCUCAGUGCUCCCCAAACUCAGAUGAGUCCCCCCUCACCCCUUUGGACGUCACACGCCUCCCCAUGUUAGAAAACGUCUCCUACAGCAAGUCAGGCAGUGUUGAACAGCCGCAGAGCUCCACUCACUACCGCAAAGAACGAGACCGGGACAUGCCCUCCACUCAUACCAUCACAUCUUCUGGUCGCUCCUCAGCUCCACCUCUCCCCUCCAGCCUUUACAAGUCAUCCAGCACCACGCACGGUGGUCACGGUUACCCCCGCAGCCAAUCAGCAUGCCCAUCUCCUGUCAGCAUGGGACGCUCGCUAACACCUCUGAGCCUGAAGAGGCCACCACCGUAUGACACCCUGAUGGCAGGAGGAAGUAUGCCUCGCUCUUCAUCUUCAUCUUCAUCAUCUUCACACAGGGCAGGUGAAGGAGGGGCUAAACUCAGUAACUCCUCCUCCACACAUGGGUCCAUGCAGAACAUGUCCGUGAGGUCACAGACUCCAACAAGUCCACUAGACGAACUCAACAACCUGUUUGCAUCAGGUAGACAGGUGAUGAAGAGGGGGUCAGGAGGGAGGAAGAGCAGGGAGGGUGAAGGAGAUGGCAAGUCCAGACAUGACAGUAAAGACAGAGAUGGACAGUCGAGUCCGGUUUCCAGCAGGAUGGGGAGGUCAUCUGUCAGUCCCACCAUGAUGCUGACAGGAGGAGGAGAACCAAAGUCUGCGGGUAAGCUCGGCCGUUCAGCUUCGACUUCAGGAGUUCCUUCACCAGGUGGCACGCCACAUCGUCACCUGCAUGAGCCGCAUCACCUUGCCCUAAGCCAGAUGCCAUGGCUAUGUGGCGACGCCACCAUGAUGGAGAUGAUUGAGAAAAAGAGAGUUUUAUGUCGAGAGAUCAAAGCUCGUCAGCGGCCAGAUAAGAAUCUGUGCAAACAGGACAGUAUGCCCAUCUUGCCCAGCUGGAAGAGGAAGCAGCCACCGCCAUACUCGGCCUCGCCCACUGCCGCUGGCCAUGCUGCCGCCGUGUUCUGGGACACCGCCAUCUGAAAGACAAAUACUCGCGCCAUGAAACACCCAAACAGUGUUGUGUAAAACGGAGAAACACAGCAAUGAUGAUCAUGAUGAGGUUCCACCAUGAAUGCUUGAAUGUGAUGAAAGAUGCUUUUCCUUCCUUGUUUCACGAGAGCAGAGCUGCUGAAAGUCAUCUGACUAAACUUCUUUCUUCCCUUCUGAGCAUCUUACUCUUUUACAUGAAUUCAAGUUAAACUGAAUCUAAUAGUCAUGAAAGAGCAAAUGUUCUUCAGUUGUAUACAGAAACUAACAGGUGGACCUGCUCCUCCUCGUGGUAUGUUUGUCAUUUAAAGAACAAACCACAGUAAAGCUGCAGAUGUCCUGAUGUGUCCAUGUGUCACCAUCAGAAGAAUAAUCAGAGAAAUCAGUCGAUCUGUGCAGUAAUGUUCACACGCACACAGAGCCCUCUAGGAAGGAAGCUUCACCUCCAGGAAA